GCCACAGCUAACCAGUGUCUUCUCAUUGUCCUUCAGGUCAACACCAUAAUGCAUCCUCAAGUCCUCAUUUCAGGCCUCAUACUGCUUCUCCCAGGUACUCUGGGUUCUUACAUAGUAGUGGAAGGUGUGGUGGGUCACCCUGUCACACUGCCAUGUACUUACUCAACAAAUGGGGGAGUUGCUACCACAUGCUGGGGCCUUGGCGAAUGUAAGCUGUUUUAUUGUGCUAAAACGAUUAUCUGGACCAAUGGAUACUAUGUGACCUAUCAGAGGAGCAACCAAUACCAGCUAAAGGGGCUUAUUUCAGAAGGAAUUGUGUCCUUGACAAUAGAGGAUGCUGUUCAGAGUAACAGUGGUCCAUAUUGUUGUAUAGUGGCAAUCCCUGGAUCUUUCCAUUUUGUGACCUAUUCCUUGAAAGUUAAACCAGAAAUUUCCACAAGUCCUCCAACAAGACCCACAACUACAGCAAGACCAACAACUACAGGAAGACCCACAACUACAGCAAGACCCACAACUGCAGGAAGACCCACAACUACAGCAAGACCCACAACUACAGCAAGACCCACAACUACAGGAAGACCCACAACUACAGGAAGACCUACAACUACAACAAGACCAACAACUACAGCAAGAUCCACAACUACAGCAAGACCCACAACUGCAGGAAGACCCACAACUACAGGAAGACCCACAACUACAGCAAGACCCACAACUACAGGAAGACCCACAACUACAGGAAGACCCACAACUACAGCAAGACCAACAACUACAGCAAGACCCACAACUGCAGGAAGACCCACAACUACAGGAAGACCCACAACUACAGCAAGACCCACAACUACAGGAAGACCCACAACUACAGCAAGACCCACAACUACAGGAAGAUCCACAACUGCAGGAAGACCCUUGAUGUUUUCAACAAGACCCACCCAUGUACCCACAUCACCCCGAGUCUCCACCUCUCCUCCUCCAACACCAACACACAGGCAGACUCACACAGCAGAACCCACUACAAUUUAUCCACAUCAGACAACAUCUGAGGUGACAGAAACCCCAUCCUACACUCUUGCAGCAGAUUGGAAGAGCACUUUGACAUCCUCAAAGAAUAAUUACACUGGUACAUCCUUAUGAAAAAGAAGUCAGGGUCUCCAAGUGGUAGAAUUCAGUAUCUCUAAGAAUGGAGCUUUGCAAAACAAAGCAGAUGUGCAGUCCAGAGCUGAAGACAGUGUCUACAUAAUUGAAGACAGUCCUUAACCUACUGAAUGAGUCCCCGUGGCCCUCUACAGGCCUUCUGCCUGAGACUGGAAAGACAGCAACCGGAUUGGACAGUGCAAACACCCUUUACAGCUCCAGGGCUACUUUCUGUGUCGAUUCAUCCAGCAGUGGUGGAGAGGUUCACCCUCAGCUGUUUGUACUCAAACUCACUGUUAACAUCAUCGUAAUUCUUAUAUCAAUACUGCCUCAGUUUCUCCAAUCACUGCAGUAUAUUCUAUCAUACAUGAACUUUUUAGUAUUUUGUUGUUCCUCUAGUCAACACAGCAUCUGUAAUAAAGGAAAAAGACUCCUGCCUUGAUUAUUAAAACUGUUAAGAAAGGAAUGGGAUUGAAAAGAUUUUUUUAAAAAAGUGAGCACAGGUGGGAUGGCAUCCUAAAUUUAGAAGUAUUUCACGAUCAUGUUUUAUCUAUUUUAUUGUAAUUUGAAAUGUCACUUUCCUUACCCUCCCCAAGGGGUAAAAUCAUGGGAAAGUGCAGGUUUUAAUUUCCCUAAUAGAUAAAUAGAAGGAACUCUGUCACCAUUAGAGUUGGUUAUGCUUUCUCAUAGCUCUGGAAAUAUGAUGCAUUAUUAUGUGGUUGAUCUUAGGAUAAGGAUGGGUGUUUUAUGUCAGGAGAGGUUGCCAUGGUGAGAACGGACCAGGCAGACAUCAGGGAAGAAAAUAAUGGACCAAGGACUGAGUUCAUUAGUGCUGAUUCCACUGCAGUCUGACUUGGUGCUCAGUGUCCUGUCCUCACCCACUGGACUCUGAAUUAGGUGCUGGAAGGAGACAAUGCAGAAAUGAAGGGGAAAGGGGGAACAGGACCCAGGCUCUCUGCCUGAGAGAAGUCCUGUGUCAGGAGUGAGAGUGUUUGGGACUAUCACUGGUUUCAUUCAGAGUUCUAAAUUUCUAUAAAUUUAUAGUUGUCUUCAGAUUUAAAUUUUUUUCAGAAAAACAAAGCAGUUUUCAUAGUGGAUCAGUUUGUCACAAUCAAGGAAAUAUUUGGUUUUGCUAAAGUUAACAAAGGCUGCUGUGUUGUUAUAUUGGUAUAUUUUUUACCAGUCUGUUGAGAAGAGCAGAUUUUCAAGAGGGUAUUAAUUUCUAUUUCAGUGUGAGUAAUCCCUGACUCCAGUUAGAGACACUCAGCCCAUAGGAGAGAACCCAUAUACAUGGGUUCCAGUACUAACUGUCAGUGGUAACAAUAGGGUAACCUCCAUGUCUGUUUGCUGUUAUCAUGUCCACACUUACCUUGGUGGACAGUGGUCAUUGCAAUGAGAGGGGACUGGUGAGAAGUCUUUGAGCAGUGGACAACAUUCCAGAAUGCAUAUCCCAACCCUAGCAGAUGUAGUAGUAAUAGCCAAUGUCCACUUAGAGCUGAGUCAGUGAUUUUCAUAUUGUACCCACAAACAUAUUUUGCAUGCUGUCUGAUAUGUCUUUAAAAUAACCAUGUUUCCCUUUAAUAUAGCUGGUGUUUGUAUUUUUGUUAUAUGAUAGAAAAAUAUUAUCAGUUGAGAGGACUGAUAGAAAGAUCCAACAUGAAUUUUGUUGAUAUUCCCACAGAGAAAUCAGUCUUGUUGAUUUUACUGAAUUUCCUUGUUUUGUUUUUGUUUUUGUUUUUGUUUUUCGAGAAAGUGUUUCUCUAUGCAGCUUUGGAGCCUGUCCUGGAACUUGCUCUAUAGACCAGACUUGCCUCAAACACACAGAUGUGCCUGCCUCUGCCUCCCAAGUGCUAGGAUUAAAGGCAUGUGCCACCACCACUCAGCCUUGAAUUUUCUUUUCUUUUUCUUUUUUCUUUUCUUUUUUUUUUGGGGGGGGGUUCAAGACAGGGUUUCUCUGUGUAGCUUUGUACCCUUCCUGGAACUCACUCUGUAGCCCAGGCUGGCCUCGAACUCACAGAGAUCCACCUGCCUCUGCUUCUCAAAUGUUGGGAUUAAAGGCAUGCAACACCACCGCCCGGCUUGAAUUUUCUUUUAAUCUUGAACUUUGAAGGUAAUAUUGAUUCUGUUACCCAUAAUCUUCUGUAAAACAACUCAUUACAAUACUUAACAAUUAUACUAUUUUUUAUUUUUUAAUUUUUAGAAUAGGGUCUCACUGUGUAGCCCCCACUUGGCUGGAAUCCCUAUCUAUAUAGACCAGGCUGGCCUUGAUCUCACAGAGAUCCUUUUGCCUCUGCAUCGCAAGAGCUGGGACUAAAAGUGUGUGACACCUUCGUGCAAAUCUUGACUACACAUUUAAACUUUGUGAAACUUCACACAUCUUAUGAAGCAACAGAACCAGUCCUUCUCUGAGAGCUGUGUAAUAAAUUGGACAGUAAUAAAAAUGGGAUAUUGAGUAGUUGUCUGACUUCAGCUGUGUGCACUUUCACUAAUAAAA